AUGUAUGGAUUUACAGCAGAUCCAAAUAUUUCAAAAUAUAUGGUAGUAAUGGAUUAUGCAAAUAAAGGUAAUUUAAGAGAAAAUUUAACAAGAAUAGUCAAAAAGAAAUGGAAUCAAAAAUUACUUAUGUUGUGCGAAAUUAUUUCUGGACUUAGUGAGAUACAUGGAAAAAAUCUUAUUCAUUGUGAUUUUCAUGAUGGUAAUAUUUUAAAUCAUAAUGAGGGUAAAAUUUAUAUUAGUGAUUUAGGAUUAUGUCAACCUGUAAAAUCGUUUUUGUAUGGGGAUGAUAUUUGUGGUGUAAUGCCAUUUAUGGCUCCUGAAGUUUUAAGAGGCAAAUCUUAUACGCCAGCUAGUGAUAUAUAUAGUUUUUCUAUGAUUAUGUGGGAACUUACAUCCGGGGUACCACCAUUUAAUAAUAGAGCACAUGAUAUUCAACUUUGUUUGAGUAUUUGUAAAGGUGAACGUCCUGAAAUUAUUGAAAAUACUCCACAAUGUUAUGUAGAUUUAAUGAAAGAAUGUUGGAAUGAAGAUUCAUCAAAAAGACCAUCUUCUGGAGAAGUAUUACAAAUUAUUGAUAAAUGGAUUUUCCAUCCUGAUAAUGAUGAAAUUAAUGAAGAAUUAAAAAGCAAUAUUAUGGAAUUUAUAAAUGCACCAAUUGGGCGGUAUAACAAUCUUGUUACUACAUCACAUCCACAAGCAUGUUAUACAAGUCGCUUAUUUGGUUUUACUAGCAAAAAAUUGAAUGAAAUUCUUGAAAAUGAAGAUUCACAAGCUAGUGUAAAAACAAAUGAAAUGCUAGUAAGUGAAGAUUUGGAUGGUUAUAUAAUUAAGGAUUUAGGGACAUUGGAUAUUAAAAUAGAUGAAAAUUAACCAAUCAUUGUUUGUUUUUAAAAAAUUUAUAGUUUUUAUUAAGUGAUAUUUGAUAUUUCAACAUUCAAAAGAAAUUGGUUUUUAUUUUAUUCUUGUUAAAUUUAUUUAAACACUAAGGAUAGAGUAGUAAAAUUUUUUACAAG